CCCGGUGUCGGGGGCGUGGCCAGGGCGGGGGCCGUCCCCGGCGCGCGCGUGCGCAGACGUGAGGGGCGUGCCGAUGGGGUGCGCGCAGGCGCAGGCGGGGGCGACCCGCCCCGACGCCAUCUCCGGGACCCGGCGAGCCCGCCCAGGUCUCUGGUGUGGCUGCCUGAGCCUGCAGGAUGUUUCACGGGAUCCCAGCCACUCCAGGCAUGGGAGCCCCUGGAAACAAGCCAGAGCUGUAUGAGGAAGUGAAGCUGUACAAGAACGCCCGGGAGCGGGAGAAGUAUGACAACAUGGCAGAGCUGUUUGCGGUUGUGAAGACAAUGCAGGCCCUGGAGAAGGCAUACAUCAAGGACUGUGUCACCCCCAAUGAGUACACGGCAGCCUGCUCCCGGCUUCUGGUCCAGUACAAAGCCGCCUUCCGACAGGUUCAGGGCUCAGAGAUCAGCUCCAUUGAUGAGUUCUGCCGCAAGUUCCGUCUGGACUGCCCACUUGCCAUGGAGAGGAUCAAGGAGGACCGACCCAUCACCAUCAAGGACGACAAGGGCAACCUCAACCGCUGCAUUGCAGAUGUCGUCUCGCUCUUCAUCACAGUGAUGGACAAGCUGCGCCUGGAGAUCCGGGCCAUGGACGAGAUCCAGCCUGACCUGCGGGAGCUAAUGGAGACUAUGCACCGUAUGAGCCACCUGCCCCCUGACUUUGAGGGCCGACAGACCGUCAGCCAAUGGCUGCAGACCCUGAGCGGCAUGUCAGCAUCAGACGAGCUAGACGACUCCCAGGUGCGCCAGAUGCUCUUCGACCUGGAGUCGGCCUACAACGCCUUCAACCGCUUCCUGCAUGCCUGAGCCUGCAGUCUCCCGCCCGGGCUGUGCAGGGAGGAGGGACCAGGUGGGCCCAGGGGAGGGCCACAGCCUCCCAUGAUUGUUCCUGCUUCCUUCGGACACCCGAUCCCUGGACGGUCUGCACAGCUCUUGCUGUCUAUAGUAGCCCUGUCUGUGUGUCCAUCUAUGGUGUUUUGACCCCAGAGGCCCCUCUCCUCCUCACAAUAAAGAUGCUUUCUAACGUC